CUGGGACAUGACCUUGUGUCAGCUAGCAAAGGGGAAAAAAAGAUUUGUUUGGAUUAUUCUAUAAACCCUUUUCACUGUGAGUACCUAUUGUUUCCUUAGCCAUCUGCAGAUUAGCUCUCUGGAUACCACAAACUGGAUACCACAAUCUUUGUUUAAGGAUCUGGAGGCCCUCCAGGCAUGGCCAGACAGUCCAUCUUGUAUUUUAUCCUGCUGAGUGCUCUGAUUGACAAGAGCCAAGCCUGUUUCUGUGAUCAUUACCCAUGGACUCAGUGGUCCAGCUGCUCAAAAACCUGCAAUUCUGGAACCCAGACCAGAGAGAGACGGAUUGUUACAGAUCAGUACUAUUUUGAAAACUUUUGUGGCCAGCUUUGUACCAAGCAGGAGUCCAGAGAGUGUAACUGGCAAACUUGCCCUAUCAAUUGCCGCCUGGGAGAUUAUGGACCCUGGUCAGACUGCGACCCUUGUGUUCAAAAACGGUUUAAGGUUAGGCCCAUCUUGCACCCCAGUCAGUUUGGAGGACAACCAUGUACUGAACCUCUCAUGACCUUUCAGCCAUGCAUUCCAUCCAAGCUCUGCAAAAUUGAAGAGAUUGACUGCAAGAAUAAAUUCCGCUGUGACAGUGGUCGCUGCAUUGCCAGCAAGUUGGAAUGCAAUGGAGAAAAUGAUUGUGGAGACAAUUCAGAUGAAAGGAAUUGUGGGAGAAAAAAACCAGUAUGUUCACGGAGCUAUAAACCCAUCCCUAGUGUACAGCUGAUGGGCAUGGGGUUUCAUUUCCUGGCAGGAGAGCCCAGAGGAGAAGUCCUUGAUAACUCUUUCACUGGAGGAGUGUGUAGAACUGUCAAAAGCAGUAGAGCAAGUAAUCCAUACCGUGUUGCGGCCAAUCUAGAAAAUGUCAGCUUCGAGGUGCAAACUAAAGAAGAUGACUUGGAAACAGAUUUCUACGAUGAUUUAAUUGCCCUUGAAGAUAAUAAACAUCAAGAAGCCUUAGGUUCUAGCCAAGCUACGGGCUCUUUUCAUGUACCGAUUUUCUAUUCCUCAAAGAGAAGUCGAAGCAGCUCCCAUACUUCUGCCUUCAAACAAGCCAUUCAAGCCUCCCACAAAACGGCUUCCAGUUUUAUUAGGAUCCAUAAAGUCAUACAAGUCUUAAACUUCACAAUGAAAACUAAAGAUCUGCAGCUUUCUGAUGUCUUCUUGAAAGCACUUAACCAUCUGCCUCUAGAAUACAACUCUGCUUUAUACAGCCGGAUCUUUGAUGAGUUCGGGACUCACUAUUUCACCUCUGGCUCCCUGGGAGGCGUGUAUGACGUCCUUUAUCAGUUUAGCAAGGAGGAACUAAAGAACUCAGGUUUAACAAAGGAAGAAGCCAAAAAUUGUAUCCGGAUUGAAACAAAGAAACGCUUCCUUUUUGUUAAAAAAACAAAAGUGGAACACCGGUGCACCACUAACAAACUGUCAGAGAAAUACGAAGGUUCCUUUAUGCAGGGAUCAGAGAAAUCCAUAUCGCUGGUUCAAGGCGGGAGGAGUGAGUAUGCGGCGGCUUUGGCUUGGGAGAAAGGGAGCUCUGCUCCGGAAGAGAGGGUAUUUUCUGACUGGUUAGAAUCAGUAAAGGAAAAUCCUUCUGUGAUCGACUUUGCGCUUGCUCCCAUCACGGACCUGGUCAGAAACAUCCCCUGUGCAGUGACAAGACGGAACAACCUCAGGAGAGCUUUUCAAGAGUAUGCAGCCAAGUUUGACCCUUGUCGGUGUGCUCAAUGCCCUAACAAUGGCCGCCCCGUGCUCUCAGGGACCGAAUGUCUGUGUGUUUGCCAGAGCGGCACCUAUGGCGAGAACUGUGAGAGGCGCUCCCCGGAUUACAAAUCUAAUGCUGUGGACGGCAACUGGGGCUGCUGGUCCUCCUGGAGCUCGUGUGAUGCUACUUACAGGAGAUCAAGAACCCGCGAAUGUAACAACCCUGCCCCUCAGCAAGGAGGAAAACGCUGUGAGGGGGAGAGGCGGCAAGAGGAACACUGCACGUUCUCCAUAAUACAGAACGAUGGACAACCAUGCAUCAGUGAUGAUGAGUACAUGAAAGAAACUGAUCUCCCUGAAUUAGAAUCAGAUUCAGGGUGUCCUCAACCAGUCCCUCCAGAAAAUGGGUUUAUUCGGAAUGAAAAGAAACAGUACUCAGUUGGAGAAGAAGUUGAAAUUUUAUGCUUUACUGGAUUCAAAGCUGUUGGAUACCAGUACUUCAGAUGCUUACCAGACAGGAGCUGGAGGCAAGGAGAUGUGGAAUGCCAACGGACAGAGUGCCUCAAGCCAACAGUGCCGGAAGGACUGACGCUGUCACCAUUUCAGACAUUAUAUAAAAUUGGUGACUCCAUUGUGCUAACCUGUCCCAGAGGUUUGGUUGUCAAUGGGCCAUCGAGGUACACAUGCAGUGGGGAUUCCUGGACACCACCUAUUUUGGACUCACUCAGCUGUGAAGAAGAUAUCCUGACAGGCUUAAGGGGUCACUGUCAACCAGGACAAAAACAGCUGGGAUCUGAAUGUGUUUGCAUGUCUCCAGAAGAAGACUGUGGCCAUUAUUCAGAAGAAAUCUGUGUGCUUGAUACAACAUCCAGCCAUCACUUUACUUCAUCUGCUUGUAAGCUUUUGGCUGAGAAAUGUUUAAAUAAUCAGCAGCUCCAUUUUCUACAUAUUGGUUCAUGCGAAGAGGGUCCACAGUUAAAAUGGGGUCUGGAAAGGAUAAAACUUUCCUCCAGUAGCACAAAGAAUGAAUCCUGUGGUUAUGACACCUGCUACAACUGGGAAAAAUGUUCAGGUGGGGCUGCUGAUGAUGAUCACAUUUUGAAAACUUUCAGUCUAGAAGUAAAGCCAUCAAGCAGCUUAUCCAAUCACUAAAGUAACUGAUCCCAACUUGAGCCAGUCAGUCUCUAAGCAGUGACAAGGGAGUGGUGUGGCAUGACUUGGAAAAAAGAUGGAUGCAACCCUUUCUCCACCUCAAUCCCAAGGCACAGAGAAGAAAUGGAGGACUUUGGUGGGUUACAUGGCUCCAUAGGAAGGAGCACAGAGAAGAAGAAAGGCAGGAACUCUGAGGCCACCUGUGUCUUGAACAUGAACCUAUUGGGAACACCAAAAGGAAGCAUAGCUGCCUCUCUCACAGAAAGUUCUGGGAGACAGCAUGGGUAAGAGUAAAGCAGAAUACCACCCCAAGAAAACACAGGGAACACCAAUAUCAUAGAGUCAGAUUUAGUAAGAACAAGUGCAGGGGGCAUGCCCCAUCACUGACUGUUGUAUCAAGAAGCUUCUGCCAUCUUUCCAAGUCCACUUCCUUCCAACAGCAGAGAACCAGAUCCAACAUAUGCAGGGGACAAGGGUGUCCUAGAAUGAGACAUGCCUCUGCCCAUCACUUCUAAGAGGGUUGGGAAAUUUGCAAGAACCAUUCUCAUCCCUUCCCUCUCUGAGUCCUCUGACCAACAGGCCUGGCUGAUACUGGAGGCAGGGAAGGAGAUGAGAUAUAAAUUGGAUCUGAGAUUAGAAACAUAACCUGAACUGAAUUUUAAAAAUAGUAACUGAUCAGAAAUCUAUGUGACCUGUCUCAGACUUAAUUGAGGCAAGAGAAGAAUGGGGUUUGGCAGAGCAUAGAGGAAAACUAUGACUAUUGCUAGCUUGCUGAAGCUGUCAUAACAAAGCACUGCAAACUGGGCAGCUUAGAAAUACAUUGUCUCACAGACCGAGGGGGCUAGACAUCCAAAAUCAGCCUGUCCACUGGACUAUGUUCCUUCUGAAGCUUAUGGGAGAGAACUCUUCCCUGCUUCCUCUGGCUUCUGGCGUUUGCCAGAAAUGCUGCCCAUUCCUUAGUUUGUGGGUGCAUCACUCUAGUCUUUGCUUCCAGCAUCUCAUGGCCCUCUUCAUUGCCUUCCCUCUGUGCACACCUGUCUGCCUAAAUGUGCAUUACCAUAUGCGGACAGCAAUCUUGGGUCAGGCCCCCUCUAAUGACCUCACCUUAACUGUAUUACAUCUGUGAAGACCCUAUUUCUAAAUAAGGUUAUGUUUGCAGGUACUAGGUGUUUGGACUUCAACUUGUCUUUUACUGCAGACACAAUCAAUCCAGAGCACCCUGACUGGGGGAAAAAAUAUAUAUAUUUUCUAUUUAUACCCCAUAAUAUAAUCAAAGGUUUAUUCUAGCUAUUAUAUUCAUAUUGUUUGAUUAAAAUCAGUCAAGCUUGCUUGCUUGAAAGUAUUUUGUUCUUGUGCUUGUAGUAAUAUUCCCUUUUAAUGGUGAUUAGUUGGUCUUUUUAUCACUUUCGUUACCUUUGUUUCAAAGGAUUUUUUGAGUGCAUGAAUCCAUUAAAGUUUGCAUUAGGCUAAUUUGCAUACCACUUACCCGUUGAAUUUUUCACACUCUGACAUUAAUAUUAAUAUAGCAAUUUAGUACAAUAAGUGUAAAAAGCUAGUGAUAAAACUGUCACCACGAAGCAGAGAGCAAAACUGAGACAUAUUAAAUACCUGGAAUUUGGACCUAGAGUCUCCAGUGCUGUCCUAGAAGAUUAAAUAAAUUCUAGAUCAAAGGUAAAAGCUUUAUCCUCUUAAGCUAGAGAUGAAUGCAAAGCAUUCAUACUGGUAGCUUAAGUAACUGGAAACCAACUCAAGUCCAUUUUUUAUAUGGAUUUUAAUUUUUUGUUGAUUCUACAGAAUAAAUGGGACCCCAGUUUAAAGAACUUUAUAAAUAGACGUGCUAUAAAUCUCAAAUGUCCUAGAAGCAGAGUUCUAAGACUAUGAAAUUUUCCAGUCCUCUCGUGUGGUGACAUUCAGGUUUAACCAAAUAUUUCCUCUUUUUGGCAAUCUUCAGUAACGCUCACUAAAUUUUAGACUACAUCGUUACUCUUUCUACAAAGGCCUACAACUCCCACAACCAACAUUCCUUAGAGUUAAAAUUUAAGCUAUUCUGUUUUUUCUCCUGAAGAGCACCCACAACUAAAUGGAACCCAUAUCCCUUCCUACAUUCUGAGUAACAAGGAUCUAACAGAUCAUGCUGGGUCUGGUCGGUACUGGGCACCAAAUAUCCUGAGGCUGGAUUAAUUGGAUUCUUGAUGGCUGGCUGUCUCCAAGGUCACCUUCAUUCUUUAGGGAUACAUUGUGUAUGGAAUCAAUGAAGCAUCUAGCUGUUAGCCAAAUAAAUGGUCUGAAGAAUUGUGGUUGUAACCAUUUUA